CUGACUUAAACUUGCCUAGACUCCACUCACUGUUUCAUUUCAGGUUCUGCAGCUCGAGGCACAGCCUCCACUCUGAUCUCGUUUAGGAUGGGACGCAAAUGUUUCCUUUUUUUAACUAUUUUCUUUCUUCUCUUUCCUGCAAUUUUCUGCUGCCCAAGCCGAUGCCUGUGCUUCAGAACCACUGUCCGUUGUAUGCACUUGAUGCUGGAUCAUAUCCCGAAAGUAGCACCGCAGACUGUUAUCUUGGAUCUGAGAUUUAACAGGAUCAGAGAAAUUCCACCUGGAGCUUUUAAGAGGCAAAAGAACCUAAACACACUGUUAUUGAACAACAACCAAAUCAAGAGAAUACCAAGAAAAGCAUUUGAAGACUUGGACAAUCUGAAAUACCUCUAUCUGUACAAGAACAGCAUUCGUACAAUUGAUAAGCUGGCAUUUAAAGGGCUUAUGAUGCUGGAGCAGUUAUACAUUCAUUUCAACCACAUAGAGAUACUAGAGCCAGAAACAUUUCGUGAUCUUCCCAAACUAGAGAGAUUAUUCUUACAUAAUAAUAAAAUAUCAAGAAUUCCUGCUGGAACCUUCGCUCAUCUGAGUUCACUAAAACGACUUCGCUUGGAUUCUAAUGGCCUCGUGUGUGAUUGUCAGCUGAUGUGGCUGGGAGAAUUACUGAAGAACUAUGCCCAAAGCAGCAACACGCAAGCAGCUGCAACAUGCGAGUAUCCUAGGGAAUUACAGGGCAGAUCAGUUGCCUCAGUAACAACAGAAGAGUUUAACUGUGCAAGGCCACGAAUUACUUCGGAACCACAGGAUGUGGAUGUAACCUUAGGAAAUACUGUCUACUUUACCUGUAGAGCUGAGGGGAAUCCCAAGCCUAAAAUUGUCUGGCUACAUAAUAACCAUGAAUUACACAUGAAAAAUGACAUUCGUCGGAAUUUACUAGAUGAUGGUACCUUGAUGAUCCAGAAUGCACAGGAAUCUGACCAAGGGACAUAUCAGUGCAUGGCCAAAAAUGAAUUGGGAGAGGCCACAACUCAAGGCGUUUUACUUCGAUACUUUGGUAGUCCAACAAAGCCCAAUUUUGUGAUUCAGCCACAGAACACUGAAGUUCUAGUUGGAUCGAGUAUCACUCUGGAAUGCAGUGCAAUUGGACAUCCUCAGCCUCGAAUUACAUGGACGAAAGGAAAUGGAGAACUCCUCCCUGCACAUUCCAGAUACACCACAACUCCAUCAGGUGGCCUCUUUAUUCGGAAUGUUACUCUCCAGGACCAUGGCCAGUUCAUUUGUCAUGCCAGUAAUAAUCAAGAUUCCAUCCAGUCCUCAGCAUCCAUCAUUGUACAAGCUCCUCCUAGGUUCACAGUUACACCAAAGAAUCAGGAAGUUAUUGAGGGGCAUACUGUAGAUUUUGACUGUGCAGCGGAAGGUAAUCCAAUUCCAAUCAUCGCUUGGACCAAAGCAGGAGGUCAGCUCCCCAAUGAUAGAAGGCAUGCUGUGUUACCUACAGGAACACUGAGAAUUGUAGAAGUUGCUGCUCAUGAUCAGGGGCAAUAUGAAUGCCAGGCUAUCAGUGUUGUACAAGUCAAACUGAUUCCAGUGCAACUGAAAGUGCAGCCCAAAGUGAUACCGGUGUUUACAGAUGUACCAAGGGAUAUCACUGCAGAGGUUGGCCAAGAUGUAAAGAUACCCUGCAGUGCUCAGGGAGAACCACAUCCCAUAAUCACCUGGACUAAGGAUGGAGUUCAAAUUACAGAGAGUGGUAAGUUCCAUGUUAAUGCAGAAGGGACACUUGCUAUCAGGGAUAUUGGGCAAGCAGAUGAAGGAAGAUAUGAAUGUGCUGCACGGAAUAUGAUUGGCCAAGCAACAACAAAUAUGUUACUAAGGGUCACUGUUCCAGAGAGGGGUCGAACUGGUGACCAUUUUGUUGAGUCUUCCAUUCGUGAAGCUAUUCUUAGCAUUGACAGUGCAAUUAAUUCUACACGGAGGAAAUUAUUUAACAAGCAGCCACUUAGUCCAAAUGAUCUGCUGGCUUUAUUCCGUUAUCCACGGGAUCCCUUUACUGUGGAGGCUGCAAGAGCAGGCGAGAUCUUUGAGAGAACUUUGCAACUGAUACAGAACCAUGUCAAGCAAGGCUUAACUGUGGACUUCAACGACAUAGACUUCCGCUACAACGAUCUUGUUUCUCCACGUUACCUGGACUUAAUAGCCAAUCUCUCUGGGUGCACUGCGCAUAGGCGGUUCCCAAACUGCUCGGACAUAUGUUAUCAUCAAAAAUACCGAAGCCACGAUGGCACAUGUAACAAUCUCCAGCAUCCAAUGUGGGGAGCAUCCCUCACAGCAUUUGAGAGAAUUUUAAAACCAGUUUAUGAAAAUGGUUUCAGCCUCCCAAGAGGUACUGAUUCCCACCACCUGUACAAUGGCCACCCUUUACCACUCCCUCGCCUCGUUUCUACAACAAUGAUUGGGACAGAGGCGAUAACUCUAGAUGACAAAUUUACACACAUUCUGAUGCAGUGGGGCCAAUUCCUGGACCAUGAUUUAGAUCUAACUGUGCCAGCUCUCAGUAUGUCUCGGUUUUUUGAUGGAGAGUCUUGCAGUUCUGCGUGCAGUAAUGAUCCUCCUUGCUUUCCAAUUAUCAUCCCAGAAAAUGAUCCUCGAGUAAGAAAUGCUAAAUGCAUGUUUUUUGUUCGCUCCAGUCCAGUAUGUGGCAGUGGUAUGACUUCCUUAUUAAUGAAGUCAGUAUAUGCCAGAGAGCAGAUCAAUCACCUAACAUCGUAUAUAGAUGCAUCAAAUGUGUAUGGUAGUACAGACCGUGACUCCAUGGAAAUUAGAGACCUUACAAAUCAGCGUGGUCUGUUAAAAGAAGGUGAAGUUGUGCGAAGUUCUGGUAAACGGAUGUUGCCUUUUGCCACAGGCCAAACUAUAGAAUGCUUGAAAGAUGAAAAUGAAAGUCCAAUUCCUUGCUUCCUGGCAGGAGAUCAUAGAGCAAAUGAACAGGUUGCACUGACAGCUAUGCAUACCUUGUGGUUCCGUGAACAUAAUCGUAUUGCAGGUGAGCUACUGAGAUUGAAUCCUCACUGGGAUGGCGAUACUGUUUAUGAAGAAGCACGAAAGAUUGUUGGAGCGCAGAUGCAGCACAUCACAUACUACCACUGGCUCCCCAAAAUUCUUGGAGAUGUGGGAAUGAAAAUGCUAGGACCAUAUAAUAGCUACAAUCCAAAUAUGAAUGGUGCGAUUUUUAAUGCUUUCGCCACAGCAGCUUUUCGGUUUGGUCAUACAUUAAUCAAUCCUGUUCUCCAUCGAUUGAACAGUUCUUUUCAACCAAUUCCAGAAGGUCACCUUCCUCUUCACAAAGCUUUCUUUUCACCAUUCAGACUUAUCCAAGAAGGGGGUAUUGAUCCACUUCUCCGUGGCCUUUUUGCAUCUGCAGGGAAAAUGCGAGUCCCUUCAGAGGUUCUCAAUUUAGAAUUGACUGAAAGGCUCUUUUCCAUGGCUCAUGCUGUAGCUUUGGACUUGGCAGCAAUGAACAUUCAACGGGGUCGUGAUCAUGGCAUCCCCUCCUAUUCGGAUUACAGAGUAUUCUGUAACCUGAGUACUGUUCAGACCUUUGAAGACUUACAGAAUGAGAUUAAGAAUGCAGAAGUCAGAGACAAAUUAAGAAGGUUGUAUGGAACACCACAGAACAUUGAUCUUUGGCCAGCACUGAUGGUUGAAGAUGUAAUUCCUGGUACAAGAGUGGGACCCACCCUCAUGUGUCUGUUUAUAACUCAGUUCAAAAGGCUGAGGGAUGGUGACAGGUUCUGGUUUGAGAAUCCAGGAGUAUUUGCCCCAGCUCAAGUAACACAACUGAAGCAAAGUUCUCUAGCAAGUGUGCUCUGUGACAAUGGUGAUGAUAUUCAGCAGGUCCAGAAGGAUGUCUUUUUAAAAGCAGAAUAUCCUCAAGGAUAUGUAACCUGUGAUGAAAUUCCAAGAAUAGAUUUGCGAUUAUGGCAAGAUUGUUGUGAAGGUCUUGUAUCUAAUGUUCGUGAAUUACACAAUCGUACAUCACUGCUCAUCCAGCGCUACAAUCGCAUCUACCACCGUGUUCGUAAUUACAAGAAGAGAGGUUUGCGGGAGCCCUUUUACCAUAUGCGUCAGCAACUCAUAAGACUGUCUAGGCUGGUGACUUAUCUCGAGGAGACAGUUUCAAAACCUGUUAAUCGAGAUUGUAGAGCAAGGGAACAGUCUAAUGUAUUUUCACACCAAUUCCGUAGUAAACGUUCACCAGAGUUCAGUUAUCCAGAGGAUAAGCAUACAAGAGAUUCUACAAUCGCAUCUGUUGCACAGCAAGGAAGGUACAAGCAAGACUUCAGUAAAUUUUUGAAUUCAACAGUUUUUCCCACUAAUGACAAGACUCCUCAGGAUUUCAAUGGCUUUGUGGCAGAUGUGCAAAAGACCAUCAUUUCCCUUCGGACCCAGAUCGAUCAACUUGAAUCACGCCUGAAAAAGAAUGGCUGCAUGGAUGAAAAGGGAAAUCACAGGAAUGAAAAUGAUCAUUGGAGAAAGGAAGGCUGUACUACUUGUUACUGUAAAAAUGGACAGGUGACUUGCUAUGUGGAAAAAUGUCCUCCUCUCAAGUGCUCCAAAUCUACCAAAAAGAAAGGGAGGUGUUGUCCUGUCUGCGUGAAGUCAGCAAGUAAAAUUGAACCUUUUGCAUAGUUCUGGAUAAAAGAAUGCAGUACUUGGAGGGGAAAAAAAUGUGUUUCUCAGCCUCUUGCAAUGUCUACUGAUGUCUGGAUAACAAAGACAGGGAGAGAACGAACUUUCUGGUCUUAUGUUGACCAUUGCUGGCACUCUGCACUAGUCCAUUUUCUCACUUUAAGCAAUGUCUCAUUUUAAAGAAAAGAUCAGUUUCAUCAGUGUUAAAUCAGCUCUCAGUAACAAAUUUAUGGAGUUAAAACUAUUUGCAGUUUAAAUAUUAAACUACUCUCUCUGUAAACCUUUUGCAAAAAUAAAAAACAGAAAAUGUUCUGAGUACUCAGCAGGCCAAGCAGCUUCUGUGGAAAGGGAAUUGAAGUUAACUUUACAAUUUGAUGAAUAUAUGUGGUUCUGAUGAAAACCUGAAAUGUUGAUCUGAUUUUGCAGUUAGUGGUGAAAUAACAGUGCUCCUAUUGGUCCAUGAAAAAGCUACCCACAAAUACCUAGCAAUCUUUGUAGCACUGGGAACUUUCCUUUUCCCAAUGUUGAUUUGAAAUUGGUGCUAUAAACCAAGAGAACCUCUAGGCCUUUGACAAUGCUGAUGCCAAGAAACAGAAUAAGUAGUCAGUCAGAUUGACACAUUCUCACAGAGAGCAAAUCAGGAAAUAAAAUGCAGGGUCUUUCACUUUUAAUUUAAAUUUUAAAACUCAAAAUAAAUGAUUGGAAAAUAUUCAUUGAAUUAAGUCAGAAGCAAAAAUAUAAACAAGGUAUUAUUCUUAACAUCUGUUGUUAAUAUAUUGGAGAAAUUUAAUGUUUCACAAAUGUAACAUUAGUUUUUAGGAACAGAACUUUUGUUCAGCAGUAAUUAUAAAACCUAAAUAUAGUUUUCACAAAACCCAGUGCCAAUCAUUCAAUAAGAUGCAACCUCUUCAGGAUGUUUGCAAUAUCACUAAAAAAAAAUUUUAAAGCCAACCUGAGUAGCAAUCCCUUCUCCACUGCUGUAUGUUCUGCUGAGUGCCUCCAGCAUUAUUCUUUUUCAGAUUUCUGGUAUCAACAUAUUUUACUCUGGCAUGAAGGUGCUGGAAUUUAUUUGAAAAGCAUUGCUAUUUAUCACAUUGUCAAGGUACCUUUAUCAUUUUAAAACUCAUUACUUAUAUACUGCAGUUAUGAUUUGCAUUUUAAUUAAUUUAUUUUUUUUGAAGCAGUGAUAAAUAUUAAGGUAAUGUUCACUGAGAAGUGAUUAUGUUGUCUUCACACACACUAUCCAAAGACUAACCAUUUGGUAAAUUCCAACUGUGUUCAUUAUACUGUUCAAGAGAACGUCAGUAGCCAUGAUGGUGAUUGUGUAAAGACCCAUUUUCUUCAUUCUACCAAAUGUACCUCACACCUUUUCAAAGCCAGGGAUGUGUUGUGCACAAAUAUGGUGCUGAUAAUUAUGCCUCAAAAUUGGAUCAUUGUUGGAUUGUAUUAUUCUUUUCUAAUUUUAUAUAAAGAUUUGUAACAAUACACAUAUAGUACCAAUGAUCUGAUGUAACACUUGAAAUGUUCGUUUUAAAGCUUGUUAGCAAAGUAAUUGGAAUUUUAGACUUUUGGGCAAUGAGUAUUUGAAAUGUCAUUUAAAUAUAAAUUACUAUUCUUCUAUUUCGCAAGCUUUAAGAAUCAUUUACAUACCUAUAUAUGCCUUGACUAUAGUACUGCACAUAUGUGAAAUUUACAGCUACAGAAUAGUACAUUUCUUUCUUGAAAAAUAGCUCUUGUUUUAAAACAUUACACUUUUUAUGGGUAGAUUGGUACCCGAGACCCUUGGUGCUUCAACAAUUUUUUGCAUUCAUGUAUGUUUGGUAUCAGCAAUAAUACAUGAAGUUCAAUUUUUUUGUACAUUCAUUAUGGCGAAAUUAUGUUGGAAAUUGUAAUCAUCUUUAUAUAUUCUGAUGUGAUUGUAUUUUAAUUCGUAAUUUUAUUUAUAAUUUUUAAAGCACGCAUCCAAAUAAAAAUCUAGAUAUUAAAAAAACUUUAUUAGGCAUUGCUGUGGCCCCGUUAGAGCACAUGGUGUUUAUAUUUUCAAAUGCAUUUUUAAAGUUAAAGCCUUGUUCAUAUAUAUGAACAGUAUUAAAAACAUUUUUUUUGCUUUGACAUUUGAUGUUGAUGAAUGGAUAAAUAGUGGCUAAGACACUCGGGAGAAAUCCUUUUCUCUUUUUUGAGACUGUGGCAUGGAUCUUAUAUGUCCUUUUUCAUGUUUAAGUAUUCAAAAUGGGACUUGUGUCCACAAUAUGCUAGAAAUGAGAGCGUGCCUGCUAAGCAUAAAUGCUAUGUAUCAUUAAUUUGCAAUUUAGCCUUCUCUGCUUCUAUGACAGUAAUCCCUGUAACUUAGGUUUCCCCUCCAUGGUGUAUUUAAGGAGAAACGAAAUGGACAUGGUGGAGAAGAAUUGGGGAAUAGAUGAAGUAGGGUGGGAGGACAAGUAUGUCCAUGUUCAGCUGAGUGGUUUCUUUCUAUCCUGUUAACUUGUGCAAUAACAUCUGUACUUUUCCCCGUUUUGACAGUUAACACGUGCAAGUUCGAAAAGAAUUUCAGUGCAUGAGAGGGUUAAUCUGUGCCAUUUCAUUUCAGUGGCAUAUGCCAGUGGCAAAACACUUGCAAAAAUAAUUUCUUUUAAUGUAAUGAAAAAUGUCCUCUGCGUACUAGUUAUGACUGUGUACAGUAACAUGUACUACAAGUUUCUGGUGAUGUUUUAUAAUGAUAGAAUAAUACUAUGAGUUUCUGUCUGAAAAUGAACUGAAUAUGUUUCAAUGAAAACAUUUAUGUCUGUAGUCAGCAAAAUAGAGACCAUUAAAAGGUUUUGAAGUGUGA